AUGCGCUUGAUACACCUUCUCCUCUUUCUAGCGGUUCUGGUCACCACGGCUCUCGCCUGGACUAAGGAAGACCAUGAGAUCUUCGACCUUGUUAGCGCACUCGAGGCUGCCGAGGGCAAAGGCACGACGUUCUACUCGUGGCUGGACAUCGCGCACACGUCUUCUACGUCAGAAAUCUCAAAGGCAUACAGGAAAAAGAGUUUGCAGCUGCACCCUGACAAGAACAAGGGUGUCAAGAACGCGCACGAGCGGUUUGCAAGACUCGGCGUCGUGGCUGCUAUCCUCCGGAACGGGGAAAAACGUGAGCGGUACGAUUUCUUCUACAAGAACGGCGUUCCGGUAUGGCGGGGUACCGGAUAUUAUUACUCGAGGUUCCGUCCUGGGCUUGGGACGGUGGCUGUAUUCUUGAUUAUCACCACGUCCGGGGUACAAUACGUUGUUCAGAAGCUGAACUAUAAUCGGGACUUGAAGCGCAUCGACUGGAUCAUAGAACAGGCGCGGACUGCAGCCUGGGGAUCGAAGAUGAGUCCGCAGGACGGACAGCGGAAGGUCAAAGUGAACCUUGGCGGGCAUCCCCGGAUGGACCAAGACGGAAACUAUGUCCCGGGACGCAUGGUCGACAUGGUCGUGGAAGGUGGCGAUGUCUACAUGCUCGAGAAGGACGGGUCCAUGCUCCCGGUGGAUUACGACUCGGCGGUCGCACCAUCGAUGGGCGGGACGUGGUUCCUGGCCCUUGUGGCUGGGCUGGUGCAAAAGGCAGCUAGGCGCGAUGGAUCUGCGACAGAAGAGACUAGGCCGGAGACGGAGACGGAGGAGACGGAGGGUUCAGAUGUGCCAGGGAGCGGCUCGGUGACUCCGAAGGAGGAGGGGGCGGGGCGGACCGGGCGUGCUCAGGCGACGACCAUGGCGGGCGGGCGGCGGCGCAAAAAUGUUAGGAAAAAGUAA